AUGAAUAACUGGUUUUGGUAUAGUGGUUUUAUUAUGUUCUGUUGUGAUGGUGCUUCAAUUGGGAACCCAGGAAUAUCUGCUUUUGGUAUAGUAAUUAGAGAUCAUUUAAGUCAAGUACUGGGAGUUAUAACUGGUGGAAUUGGUAUUGCUACAAACUACAUAGCAGAAGUGUAUGCAGUCAUAAGUGCAGUUGAGUUGGCUGUUGAAUGGAAGAUGCCAUGGUUUGUGAAAAAGAGAUGGCAGAAGGCAAUGAAACAUAUUCAGUCAAUUAUAUUCUUACACAGCUACAGGGAAACAAACUUUGCAGCAGACACUGCAGCAAAGAAAGGUGCUAGAUUGGCAGUAGGACAAAGACAAAUCUAUCAUGGAAGACCCUAA